UUUUUUGCCAAAGAGAAUGUGAUAAAAGUGUAAGUAAAAACAAAGAAACUUUUCCCUUCGGAUAGACACAUUCACAGAAGGAGGGUGUCAAAAAAUCAUUGCAAAAGUAAUGCCAUAACUUUUACCACAAAAAUUUGUGCAUGAAAAUGUUUAUAGGGCAGCGGCCCCUCGACCCUGUGCCCGUCACCAUAAUGAAGGUCCCUCGGUCAUUUCCCUCCUGUAGGGUUUUACGUCAACAGCCAGCGAUGUGCCACUCGCACAGACUUACUCGACGAAAGGUGACCCUUUGAGAAGCAACUAAUUACAAUGCGAAUCCGUAGAGCAUCAUGAGGGGCUUGCGCCCGAUCGCCCCCCAGACUCUCCCUAAGGCAAAGCCUAUAUUCGUCUCGCAUAGAGCACCACGUCGGCAGAGUGGUCGCCGAAAAGUGCAACCAUGGCGGAAUUUAGACGCGACUGGACGCCUCGGCCACGCAGUCGCAGCGGCACUAACAGACGGAGCGGUCGAGCGGUCACACACCUUCAGCUCAGCAUCUUCACGGGAGAAAGAUAAAGCCAGGGGAAAGAAACACGGGGCGUUUGUACUAUUUCUAUAACAUAUGGGACGCAUUCAAUGUGAAGUUUGCCUCACGGAGGUCGACACCCGCAGUCUAACCGUCCACAUGAGAACGCACACUGGUGAACGGCCUUUCGGGUGUACAGUGUGCAACAAGAGCUUUUUGCAAAGUGGGCAUCUGCGAGUCCAUCUGCGAACCCACACCAAAGAAAGCCGUUUCAAGUGUACAGUGUGCAACAAGAAGUUUUCGCUGGAAGCGAAUCUUGAGGUACAUAUGAGAGCCCACACGCGAGAAAAGCCCUUCGAAUGCACUGUGUGCAACAAGAAAUUUUCGCAAACGGGGAAUCUGCGAGUUCAUUUAAGAAUACAUACGCAAGAAAGGCCUUACGAAUGUACAGUGUGCAACAAAACAUUUUCACAGAGUGGAAAUUUAAAUGUACAUAUCCGAACCCACACACGAGAAAGGUCCUUUAAAUGUACUGUGUGCAAAGAGACGUUUUUGCAAAGUGGGCAUCUACGAGGACACCUACGAACGCAUACGCUAGAAAGACCUUUCAAGUGUAUAAUUUGCAGCAAAGAAUUUUCGACAGAGGGGAAAAUGGGCGUUCAUAUGCGAACCCACACAGGAGAAAGGCCCUACAAGUGCACUGUGUGCGACAAGACAUUUUCGCAAAGUGGGCACCUGCGUGCACACCUGCGCACCCAUACCGGAGGGACUUUCAAAUGUACUGUUUGCAGCAAUUCGUUUCCACGAAGAAGUAAAUUGCUUGCACAUCUACGAGAUCACAUACAACAAAUGCUUUCCAAUUCUAAUGUGUGCAGUGAGAAUUUUUCGCAAAGUGACCAUGAGCGUAGACGUCUGCUAACCCACACCAAAGAAAGAUUAUUGUAUAGGUGUACUGAGUGCAACGCAAAAUAUCCGCAGAGCGAAAAACUGCUUGAACAUCUCCAAACCCACUUAGCUUAGUGCAUAGGUUUGUAUGUAAUCUAUAGUAAAUAGGCAAGUUUUCAGCAGGGUAUCGAAACUGUGCAAUUUUUGUGUUUAUUACUGAUUAAACUUAUGUAAAAUAAAUUAUAUUUCUGAAAA